AUGGGUAGAAGAAAUAACACGAAUGUGUCUGAAUUCAUACUUAUGGGAUUGACAGACGCUGCAGAGAUCCAGCUGCUCCUCUUUGUGCUAUUUCUGGUGAUGUACUUCGUUACUGUGCUGGGGAAUGUGGGGAUGAUAUUGAUAAUCCGCCUGGAUCUCCAGCUCCACACCCCCAUGUAUUUUUUCCUCACUCACCUGUCCUUUCUGGACCUCAUUUACUCAACUGUCAUCACACCCAAAACUUUAGAGAAUUUGCUGACUUCCAACAAAUAUAUUUCAUUCACAGGCUGCUUCACACAGAUGUAUUUCUUUGUCUUCCUGGCUGCUGCUGAGUGUUUUCUGCUCUCCUCAAUGGCCUAUGAUCGCUAUGUAGCUAUCUGCAAUCCUCUGCACUAUGCAGUUAUUAUGUCUCCAGGACUCUACCAUGCCCUCGUCACUGGGUCCUAUAUGAUUGGUUUAAUGGAUUCCUCUGUCAACAUGCUUUGUAUGAGCAGAUUGAACUUCUGUGACUCCAAUGUGGUUCAUCACUUUUUUUGUGAUUUAUCCCCAAUCCUUACCAUGUCCUGCACUGACACAUAUGACAUUGAAAUAAUUAUAUUCAUUUUUGCCGGUGCUACCUUAAUAAUGUCCCUUAUGACAAUAGCUGUGUCCUAUAUAUCCAUUCUCUCCACCAUCCUGAAAAUAAAUUCCACUUCAGGAAAGCAAAAAGCCUUCUCUACCUGUGCCUCCCAUCUCCUGGGAGUCACCAUAUUUUACGGCACCAUGAUUUUCACUUACUUAAAACCAAGUAAGUCCUACUCCUUGGGAAAGGACCAAGUGGCUUCUGUUUUUUACACUAUUGUGAUCCCCAUGCUCAAUCCACUCAUUUACAGUCUUAGGAACAAAGAAGUGAAGAAUGCUCUUUAUAGAGUUAUGCAGCGAGAUGCCUUCAGGCAAUUAAAAUAG